GCACAGCGACUUAACGCGGGCGAGAGAGAGGGAGAUGGAGAGAAAUGAGGUCUGAAAAGGACCAAAUGACCGCGGGCAAGGAGAAAAGCGUCGUGGAGAUCCACUUCAGAGACGCCCCGAGGGAGCAGGAGAGCACUGGCGCUCACCUGAAGCCCAAAGAGGAGAAGAAGGAGGUCUUCACUAAGGUGGUGAUCCGGAGGCUCCCACCGAACCUGUCCAAGGAGCAGCUAGAGGAGCAGCUCAGUCCGCUUCCUUCCUACGACUAUUUUGAGUUCUUUCCGGCCGAUCAAAGUCUUUACCCCCACCUGUUCUCCAGGGCGUAUGUCAAUUUCAAAAACCCUGAAGAUAUCCUCCUGUUCAGAGACCGAUUUGAUGGCUACGUCUUCAUCGACAACAAGGGCCAGGAGUAUCCUGCCGUGGUGGAGUUUGCCCCCUUCCAGAAAAUCUCAAAGAAGAAGCUGAAAAAGAAAGAUGCCAAAGUCGGGAGCAUUGAAGAAGACCCAGAGUACAAGCGGUUCUUGGAGAAUUACUCCUGUGAUGAGGAGAAGUCUAUGGCCAACCCGGAAACUCUGCUGGGAGAGAUAGAGGCCAAGACCAGAGAGCUCAUAGCCAAACGGACAACGCCACUGUUGGAGUACAUCAAAAAUAAGAAAAUCGAGAAACAGAGGAUCAGAGAGGAGAAGAGGGAGGAGAGGAGAAGACGGGAGCUGGAAAAGAAACGACAGAGGGAGGAGGAGAAGAGGAAGCGGCGGGAGGAGGAGAGACGCAAACGGAAGGAGGCGGAGAAGCAGAAGAAGUUGUCCGACAAAGACAUCAAAAUCAAGCUCCUGAAGAAGAGUGACAGGGACGACGACGUGGAUUCAGACCAAGCGAAGGACAAAUGUGACGUCGGGGAGACGGACAGGUGCAAAUGGGAGAAGGCGGGAGGACAAACAAAGUCGAAGGACCCCAAAGAAAAGGGUCAGCCCGAGAGCGACAAGGAGCAGAGAGAGCAGCACGGCCGCAGACAGAGAGACAAGGACCACCGGGGCAAGGACGAGGAGAGGAAGCGGCAGCGGCACCACUACGAGUUUGACAAGUUCAUGCGCCGCAAAGACGAGACCAAAUGGGGGAAGGGCUACUGCCAGGACCGAGCCAAGAAGGAGGGGCACCAUCACCAUGGCUAUUCCUACUGCCCCGACGGGGGAGACAAACUGGGGAAAGAGGACAGGGAGGACCUGGGUAACAGGAAGGAACGCCUCCGAAACAAGGUGAGCGAGAAGGACCGUCCCGCCAUGCAGCUCUAUCAGCCCGGCGCACGCAACAGGAAGCGCAUGAGCUCAGCUGGCAAAGGCUACGACUGCACCCCUGUGGGCCACUCCCCUGAACCCGGAGAGGAGCAUGGCUACGAGGUGGUCGCCAUGGCAACGGGCCUGGAGAAGGGGUUUGAGAAAAGCAAAGAGGACCAGUGAGCAGU